AUGGAAGGCACAAAAAGUAUUUUGGUGUUACUGGUUAUCCUAUUGUUAUUUGAAUAUGUGGAAUCUUAUGGUUGGGGAUACCCAGGUGGAUAUUACGGUGGUUACAGGCCUUACGGUGGAUACGGGCCUUACGGUGGAUAUAGACCCGGAUGGGGUUAUGGUGGUGGAAUGUUUGGUCGAGGAUUUGGUGGACUUGGCUCGCUGCUUGGCAAGAAAAAAUAA